GUUAUGGCGCCUUUACGCUGGGACACUACUUUCGGGAAUUCAUCGCGGGUGGAUCCAGCCACUUUCUUGUGAUCGGUCUCCUGUCGAGUUUGCCUGCAUAAUUUGCUACCUUACGAAGAGCUGCUUACUGUGAGAAUCGCCUGGCUGAAGUUGUUACUCGUGAGCGAGCCGUUAAGCCUUGGCCGCCGACUCCACAAAUUCCUCCUUGUCCAAUUUUACAAAUGUAUGCCUCUUAGUUGAGCAAGUAGCUGGCAACACCCAUAGUGCUUGGAGCAGGGUCUGGAGCGCAGCGCAUGCUCGCGACACUCUUCAGAGGACCUUCUGCAACCUCCGGUCAGGCGCUGCAGUCCAAUUUCGUCAUGAGGGCACUCAGACUGCACGGGUGGCUGGCGCAGCGCGAGGUCGCCGCGACCGCCGGCCCAGACGCCGCGGCCUGCCGCGCCGCCUCUACGGCAGCUUCCUGCAGCCCCAGGUGCCAGCAGGCCAGCGCGGCGCCCCGCCGCACGGGUGCAGCCGGUGCCGGGGGCGCCACGCGCCCUAGCGCCCUUGCCGCGGCCUUCUACAGCUCCAGCACCACCAGGGCCAGCGGCGCCAGCCGACUCGCCCCGGGCAGCCCGGCCCCCGCCGCCGCCGCCGCCCCCGCCGGGCCUGCAUACCCAGAGAUCUCCAUCAGUGCAGCCUUAGCAGCGGCCGCGGCGCCCUCCGCCAGUGUGCCGCUUGGGCGGCAGCUGCGCUGGGGCACCGCGCGCGGGCGGCUGUCCGCGCUGGAGCGCGCCGCCGCCGCCGCCGCCCCGCAACCGGCGCCCCCGCUCCUCCCUCCGGCUCCGGCACGGCUUCCUGCCCGCCACACGGCUCUCCCCAGCCGCACCGGCACGGCCCUGCAGGCGCUGCCCUCCCAGCACGAGGACGGCGACGGCAUGUUUGAGGACGAGGAGGGCGGCGGCAGCUCGGACCCGGAGGAGGCGGCGGCGGCGCGGGAGGCGGAGGAGCGGCGGCGGCGGUUCGUGGGCGUGCUGCAGGGCGUGCCGCACGUGGUGGGCGCGUCGGAGCAGCUGGGCAGCGCGAGGAAGCGGGCGGGCAAGGUUACGCCGUCGGCAGGCAUCCGCAACGAGGCCGAGCGGGAGCGCAACCGCUCCACGCGGCGGCUGGACACGUUCAUGAAGGAGCUGUCGGUGCCGCUGGGCAGGUACCUGGCGGGAUUCCCGCCGCCGGGCAGGCUGCACCCCUUCGAGGCUGCGCUGCUGGCCCUGACGGUGGGCGAGGCCGCCUACGUGUCCACACUGGACCGGGUGGACAGGCUGAGGCGGGCCGUGCAGGACGUGCUGGCGGAGGCGGACCACCUCAUCCAGCAGCGCGGCGGCGCCCCCGCAGCCGCCCCCGCAGUCGCCAGCAGCGCUCCGGAGGCGGCGCCCUCCGACCCGGGCGCCCUGACCCCGGCGGAGCUGGCGGCGCGGCUGCCAGGCGCCCUGCGCAUCUCCUCACUCACACACGACGGCAUUCCGCAGCUGCAGCUCGCCAUCAUCCGCAUGCUGCGGCAGCAGGCCGCGCAGCGCGCCGCCGCGGCGGCGGCCGCCAGGCAGGCGGAGGCGGAGGCCGAGGCGGCGGCGAAGCGGGCGGCGGCGGCGGCGGCAGCGGCGGGUGGCGGCGGCGCUGCCGCAGCGGGCUUUGUGGGCGGCGCGCCUAGGCCGCCGCUGACGCCGCAGCAGCAGGCUCAGCUGGAAAAGCUGCGGCAGCUGCAGCAGGCGGCGGGUGCCGGGGCUGGAGGCGCCGCCAAGGCGCCAACCCUGACCUUCUUCGAUAGCUAGGCGAGCCAACAGCAGGCCAGGCGGUGUGCUGGCGUGGUGCGAUGUAGGCGUGAUGGAGUCAGUCAUGGAGUGCAGGCAAAUCGACCGGGUUGUGGGAAGUAUGCUGCAACUGACUGCGGAGAGGCAGUAAACAUCCUUGCUACGGGGUCUACACUGCGCGAUGUAAUGCACCACGUGC